ACGCGGCUCGUUCCGUUCGUUGUUAAGGAGAAGCUGUGCUGCCAGCAAAAUCAUAUCCCGUGGUGGAGUUGCCAGAAACGAUAGCUAUUUGCUUAUAGUUUUACUACCUGAAUUAUUGUGGUCUGAUUUGAAGAGAUGACACAAAACUGCAGACCCCCCAAGCGCCCCGGUGUCGGAGUAGGGGUUCUUGUCACAGAUUCAGCUCACUCAAACUGCGUCCUCGUAGGGAAGCGAAAAAGUGUAAUGGGCAAAGGAACGUAUCAGCUACCUGGCGGUCAUCUAGAAUUUGGGUGAGUAGCUAAGUAUUUCAUAAUGUAAACAAGUGUGUGGUAUUCAGUUAAUAUUAAAGUUGACCAAUAGUUGUCUUUUUCAUUUGAAGAGAGACGUGGGAAGAAUGCGCACACAGGGAGGUGAUGGAAGAGGCAGGAGUGCGCCUGAAAGAAGUCAGGUUCGCAUCCGUGGUGAACUCCAUCAAGCUCGAGGAGCAGUACCACUACAUCACCAUCAUCAUGCAAGGAGAAGUGGACAGGAGCUACCCAGCAGAACCAGUCAACCUCGAACCAGAGAAAAAUGAAGGUGAGAAACCGGGCUAUCCCAGCCUCCUAGGUUCCCAGGAAUUCCAAUGAUAUUACUAUAUUUGGCCUGCACUAUUUACUACACUGGCAAGUUAAUGAUUUGUAUCUGAGUUUAUGUAGUAAUGUUUGCUUGUCUCUCUGUCCCAGGUUGGACAUGGACACGGUGGGACCAGUUUCCUCAAGAGGACCAACUCUUCCUGCCUCUGGCCUGCCUGAGACAACAGGGCUUUCAGCCGUUCAACGCCACGUAACACUGCAGCUACCCAGAAACAGAGAAGGGCAGGGCACAGGGAUAGAGGAGAGAGGCGAUACAUUAUAACUGCUUUGUUGGACCUAAUCAAGUCAGGAAGUUGGGUAUACAUGGUAACGGUUGAACUAAUGUUGAUCAGCACUUUUGAUUGGGUAAACAUGGCAACCGUUGCUGGACUCAUGAGGGGACAACUCAUGGCUCUAACAGAAGAAGGAAGUUAUGACAACAAAUCAUUGAGUAUAUUUAUAUCACUGAAA